AUGAACGAUCGUUUGUGUUUGAUUGAAAAAGACAGGAAACAGAUUAAAGAACGUGUGACAAACCUAGAGAAACUACAAAGAGUUACUUCAUAUGAAACUCCAAACAAUGAGGUAACUUUUUUUUCGGAAAUUAAAAUUAAUGUUUAUCUAGUUCUUGAUUCAGUUUUGAGUUGUCAAGUAAUUUUGGAAGAUGUUAUACAUAUUUAGGCUUGCCUUCCUAAUUUUUGUUGUACUUGCACAGACUGACACAACUCCAUUUCAUGAGACGGCUUCCAGACAAGGUGAAGCCAAUGCAGAUCAAGCAGAUGAACAACUUAACAAUGAGGCAAGUAUAAUUUUGAAAACUGUUGGUAUUUAUAAAAUUAUGAAUUUGGUACGUGUUCAUAAUCCCAUUCCUGACAUCAGGAUACACGAGAGCCUAUGAAUGAGAUCACGAAAGAGACACCUGGUUCUCCAAUAGCUCAACAGAAUAUUGAGACUCCAGUCCUUACUCCAAUUCAGACGCAGCAGGAGACUCACGAGCUUAUGAAUGAGAUCAUUUCACCAAACAUUUCCGACACACAGCCAAAUACCCGAGCUCGCAGAAAUCUUUUAACAGAGCAAAAUAAGGAUGUAGAAAGCAGAGUUCAAAAUCCCUUUGAGAUCGGAGCAAAUGUGGAGAUUUCAUCACAAGAUGACAAUACUUGUCAUAAAUGGUAUCCAGGAAAUGUGUUGGCAACAUAUUUGGUUGAUGGGGUUGAGAUGGUGAAAGUUGAGUACUUCGUCCCGUCUCUGGACGAAAAGAAGAGGAAAAGGAGUGUUGAGACACGUGUAUCAAUUGACAGAAUACGUCCUCAACCACCACCUGAGAGAUCUGGAGCGAAGAAAAGUUAUGAGCUAAUGCAGGACGUGGAGGCGUUCGACAAUGGUGCCUGGUGCGCUGGAAAAGUUAAAGUCAUUUUGUUUGAUGGCUCGUGUUUUGUCUCUUUGAACAAUUCUAAAGAACAAAUUUACUUCCACCAUUCUGAGAUGCGAAAACCAAGAAAAUGGGUAGAUGGUGUUUGGGAGAUGACAAAAAAGAUGGAAGAAGAGCAGACGCAGAGUGUGAAUCCAAGUGAAGGAGAUGGUGAUAAAAAGGGGAAGGCGAAGGCUGUCGCUUGUAAGAAAAAUGAAGCAGCUGGUCCAUCAGAAGAUGGUGUUGGGAAAAUGGCAAAAGAGGUAAUAAAAAUGAAUAAGAUCCACUUGAAUUGAAGUUCAGGUCAAUAGUUUGAUAUAUCGGUUUUGUUUCACAGAUAGAA